AUGAUUACCUUCUUGGCCUCGAAUAAUAGAAGCCUAAAUAAAGGCAGCGGCAUUAAUGAUGGAGAGGAAGAGAUGGUUUUCUGUGCUUCCUGCUGUAGCCUGAAAUGUAAACUGUUAUACAUGGAUAGAAAGGAAGCUAGAGUAUGUGUAAUCUGCCAUUCAGUGCUAAUGAAUGCUCAAGCCUGGGAGAACAUGAUGAGUGCCUCAAGCCAGAGCCCUAACCCUAACAAUCCUGCUGAAUACUGUUCUACUAUCCCUCCCUUGCAGCAAGCUCAGGCCUCAGGAGCCCUGAGCUCUCCACCUCCCACUGUGAUGGUACCUGUGGGAGUUUUAAAGCACCCUGGAGCAGAAGUGGCUCAGCCCAGAGAGCAGAGGCGAGUUUGGUUUGCGGAUGGGAUCUUGCCUAAUGGAGAAGUUGCUGAUGCAGCCAAAUUAACAGUGAAUGGAACUUCCUCAGCAGGAACCCUGGCUGUGUCACAUGACCCAGUUAAGCCAGUAACUACCAGUCCUCUACCAGCAGAGACAGAUAUUUCUCUGUUCUCUGGGAGUAUAACUCAGGUUGGAAGUCCUGUUGGCAGUGCAAUGAACCUAAUUCCUGAAGAUGGCCUUCCCCCCAUUCUCAUAUCCACUGGUGUGAAAGGAGACUAUGCUGUGGAAGAGAAACCAUCACAGAUUUCAGUAAUGCAGCAAUUAGAAGAUGGUGGUCCUGACCCACUUGUAUUUGUUUUAAAUGCAAAUUUGUUGUCAAUGGUUAAAAUUGUAAAUUAUGUGAACAGGAAGUGCUGGUGUUUCACAACCAAGGGAAUGCAUGCAGUGGGUCAGUCUGAGAUAGUCAUUCUUCUACAGUGUUUACCGGAUGAAAAGUGUUUGCCGAAGGAUAUCUUUAAUCAUUUUGUGCAGCUUUAUCGGGAUGCUCUGGCAGGAAAUGUUGUGGGCAACUUGGGACAUUCCUUCUUCAGUCAGAGUUUCCUUGGCAGUAAAGAACAUGGUGGAUUCUUAUAUGUGACGUCUACCUACCAGUCACUGCAAGACCUAGUACUCCCAACCCCACCUUACUUGUUUGGGAUUCUCAUCCAGAAAUGGGAAACUCCUUGGGCUAAAGUGUUUCCCAUCCGACUAAUGUUGAGACUUGGAGCUGAAUAUCGACUUUAUCCCUGCCCACUCUUCAGUGUCAGAUUUCGGAAGCCAUUGUUUGGAGAGACGGGGCACACCAUCAUGAAUCUUCUUGCAGACUUCAGAAAUUACCAGUAUACAUUGCCAGUAGUUCAAGGUUUGGUGAUUGAUAUGGAAGUUCGGAAAACCAGUAUCAAAAUUCCCAGCAACAGAUACAAUGAGAUGAUGAAAGCCAUGAACAAGUCCAAUGAGCAUGUCCUGGCAGGAGGUGCCUGCUUCAAUGAGAAGGCAGACUCUCAUCUUGUAUGUGUACAGAAUGAUGACGGAAACUAUCAGACCCAGGCUAUCAGCAUUCACAACCAGCCCAGAAAGGUGACUGGUGCCAGUUUCUUUGUGUUCAGCGGCGCUCUGAAAUCUUCUUCCGGAUAUCUUGCCAAAUCCAGUAUUGUGGAAGAUGGCGUUAUGGUCCAGAUCACAGCAGAGAACAUGGAUGCCUUGAGGCAGGCACUGCGAGACAUGAAGGACUUCACCAUCACCUGCGGCAAGGCAGACGCUGAGGAUCCCCAGGAGCACAUCUACAUCCAGUGGGUGGAUGAUGACAAGAAAGUCAACAAGGGGUAAAUGCAGAGGACUUUCCCUCUUGUGGCAUUUAGUUAUGGACUUGGCUCUGGGUUUUGUCUACGCUGGUGUUUAUAACUUUACUGAAAGCCCAAAGAGAAAGGACUGCUUUGGAUAUAUGUAACAUAAGAUUUUAAAUUUCUAGUUUCUUGGCUUAAUUUCUGAAGGA